UUUCAUUUUGAAUGAAUUUUGAUUCUUCCUCUGCUCUCCACUCUCCUUUCGGAGAACGCCAUAGCCAGCUCCCUUUCCAUCAUUCUUCAAUCUUCAACGACGCCCUUCAAUCCUCUCUCAAACGCAGUAUAUACAAUCAAACUUGCCAAAAAGCCGAGUUCUUUUUGUUUUUUUGUGCCCAUUAAAUUAGAAUUAAUAAUGUUCUUUAAGAUCGUUAUUUAUUGAGGCCAUGAGCAAAAUUAAGCUGCAUCGUUUCAACCCUCUGCAUAACUGUAUACAGCUAAGUCGUAAACUUCAAACUCUUGCAAGUUCAACUUCAAGAGGCUCCCAUGAAUCUGGUUUGAUUGAUAAAAAUCGAACCUUGGGUGGUUUGUCGAAAUCGGGCUCUAUAGAUGAGGCUCGUGUGUUGUUUGACAAAAUGCCUGAGAAAGAUGAGUUUACAUGGAAUGCAAUGAUUUCAGCAUAUGCAGAAACAGGGAGGCUUGCUGAAGCAAGACAAUUAUUUGACAAGGCCCCAAACAAGAGUUCCAUUACAUGGUCAACAAUCAUUUCUGGAUACUGUAAAAAUGGGGAUGAAAGUGAAAGCUUUGCGCUGUUUUGGGCAAUGCAGAAUGAGGGGCAUAGGCCGAGCCAAUCAACGCUUGGAAGCAUUCUUAGGAUUUGCUCUAUCAAGUGUUUGCUUUUGAGAGGUGAACAGAUUCAUGCAUUGGCAAUCAAGACUGGCUUUGAUCAUAAUUUGUUUGUUGCUACCGGUCUUGUAGACAUGUAUGCGAAAUGUAUGCGUGUUGUGGAAGCCGAGUUUGUCUUUAAGACGAUGCCAAGUGGGAAAAAUCAUGUCACUUGGACUGCAAUGAUCAUUGGGUAUUCCCAGAAUGGAAAUUCUUUAAAAGCUAUUGAGUGCUUUUGUGGCAUGAGAGCAGAUAAUGUUUAUGCCAAUCAGUAUACUUUCCCUGGCGUUUUAUCCGCUUGUGCUGCAGUUUGUGAUUUAGCGUUUGGAGUUCAGGUGCAUGGCUGUGUUCUCCGGGGCGGUUUUGGUGCUAAUUUGUUUGUACAGAGCGCAUUGGUAGAUAUGUAUGCCAAAUGUGGGGAUUUAGCGAGUGCCAGAAAGGAGUUGGAAUCAAUGGCGGUUGAUCAUGUCGUUUCUUGGAAUGCCAUGAUUCUCGGGUGUGUGAGACAAGGAUUUGGUGACGCUGCACUGUCAUUGUUCAAGGAAAUGCUCGCUAGAGAUAUAGAAACGGACAAUUUCACCUACCCGUCUGUUCUUAAUUCUCUUGCCAUCACAAAGGAUGUGAAAAACGGGAAAUCAGUCCACUGUUUAGUCAUCAAGAGUGGCUAUGAUACUCACAAGCUUGUGAGUAAUGCUCUUGUGGAUAUGUAUGCUAAACAAGAAGAGCUAACGUAUGCAAAAGAAGCGUUCGAUGGCAUAGCAGACAAGGAUGUGGUUUCGUGGACAUCUCUUGUCACGGGAUGUGCUCACAAUGGCAGGCACGAUGAAUCUCUUAAGUUGCUUCGCGAGAUGAUAUCUGCUGGGAUUGGUCCCGAUCAGAUUAUCUUUUCCAGCGUUUUAAUUUCCUGUGCGGAUCUUGCAGUACUCGAGUUUGGACAACAAGUCCACGCGAACUAUAUUAAAUCCGGCCAUGGGAACUCAGUAUCUGUCGAUAAUUCUCUUAUAACCAUGUAUGCAAAGUGCGGGUGCCUAGAAGAUGCAGACAGAGUUUUUAACUCGAUGCAUACUCGAAACGUGAUGACUUGGACUGCUCGUAUAAUAGGCUAUGCGCAAAAUGGAAAGGGGCGAGAAUCUGUGAAAUUCUACGACAGUAUGAUAGAAAACGGGAUAAAACCCGACUUCAUUGCAUUCAUAGGUUUGCUGUUUGCUUGUAGCCACGCAGGUCUUGUCGAGCUAGGAAGGUCAUAUUUCAAAUCCAUGACAGAAGUUUACGGGAUAAAACCGGGCCCCUACCACUACACCUGCAUGAUAGACCUCCUCGGGCGCUCUGGCAAAAUGCAAGAAGCGAUGGAGCUGCUGAGCAAGAUGGAAGUCGAGCCCGAUGCAACAGUGUGGAAAGCUUUGCUUUCCGCCUGUGGGGUCCAUGGAAAUCUCGACCUAGCGGAGAGAGCCGCAGCCAUGCUGUUCGAACUGGAACCCCACGACCCCGCCCCUUACGUUAUGCUGUCAAACGUCUACUCUGCAGCUGGGAAAUGGGAAGCCUCUUCGAGAACCCGAAGGCUAAUGAAGGCGAAGGGCGUUCACAAACAGCCUAGCUAUAGCUGGAUGGAGACGAAUGGCGUGGUGCAUAAAUUCUCGUCCGAGGACAGGAACCACCCGAGAGCUAACGAGGUUUACUCGAAGGUCGACGAGGUUUUGAUGUCGAUUAAGGAGGCUGGAUAUGUGCCUGACAUGAACUGUUCUCUUCAUGACAUCAAUGAAGAAGGGAGGCAGCAAAGUCUUGCUUAUCAUAGUGAGAAGUUGGCUGUUGCUUUUGGGCUUCUUUACUUGCCAAAGGGAGCUCCCAUUAGGAUAUACAAGAACCUUAGAGUUUGUGGGGAUUGCCAUACUGCCAUGAAGUUCAUUUCAAAGGUUUUCCAACGGCAUAUUAUACUCCGAGACUCCAAUUACUUCCAUCAUUUUAAACUAGGAAUGUGUUCCUGUGGAGAUUAUUGGUAGGAUUCUACAAGAUUUUGGAGGUGUUUGAUAAAUGGCUACUAGCUGUUAGCAGUAAGCUGAUUGGGUUUGUGGGUU